AUGAUCCCUUUUUCUACAAACUCCAGCAGUAAUGAAGGGAGUCAAAAUUUCAGCUUUAAAAGGCGAUUUUUCUCAAAACCCCUCUCCAAGGAGUCCAUUUUCGCCAUUAUUUUUGGAGCAGGUGUUCUUGGUGUCAGUUGUGGUUUAAAUCUCUUCGUCAAUUGGAAAUCAAAUCGCUAUGCUGACCCAAGUAAUUGUCCCAUUUAUGAAAAGAGACCUCCAACUGCUCUCGAUAAAUCCAGUUCGAAAUCGGUCGAAUGUUCCAAUGAUCCUCUUUUGUCUACAAAAUCUGAUCGACUGCCUCCGCGGGUAAAGCAUGUAAUCAUUGGCGCAGGUGCGGCGGGGAUUAACGCUGCUCGGGCCAUUCGUUCGGUGGAUCCCCUGGCUCUAGUUCUUCUUAUUGCUGGCGAUACGAACUGCGGCGAGGAGGAAGUAGAGACGGGGAAAGGAAAGACCUACCCACCCCCAUACAUUCGUCCCGUCCUUAGUGGCGGACUAUGGUGGCGUACGCCGGAAAGACGCCAAGUUAUGCUGGACCCAUUGGGGGAUAUUCGCAGUCAUUCCUGGUUCUACUAUGAACCGCUUAGCUUCUUCAUUGAGCCUCACGAACCCUUCAUUCAUAUCCCCUGCGCUCUCAACCUCUCCAUUUACAUCUCGUCUAGAUUAUCCGAAGCCGAGGAAGGUGGAAUCUGUCUCCUUCGUGGUAACCCUGUUGUUGCCCUGCACCCGAAGCGCCAUGCGAUCACUCUGGCCGAUGGUCAGGAGAUUCAGUAUGAAUGUUGCCUCUUAGCCACUGGUGCUCGACCUCUUAUAGUGCCAGAGUUGGGUCAUUGCUCGCACAGUGGUGUUGACCUCGUUGCUAACAAACGUGUCACAUACUUCCGCAACAUUGCUGAUUACAAGCACCUUCAAAGCGUAUCAGAUCGUCUUCACAAGAAUGGCGGUCGAGUGGCUGUUCUUGGAUCCAAUCAGCUGGCUUGUGAAUUAGCGACUAGCUUUCUGGAAGAACGUCGUCUUCCCAAGGAGGAACAGGACACUAAUUCGUCGAAAGAUUCUGCAGCAUUCCAUGUGCAUCAAUUCCUCGGUUUCGGCACCCUACAUCCCAUGGAAGAUAUUUUGCCUCCAAUUCUUGCUGAAGCCGUGUCUGCCUACGAAACUUCACGAGGUGUGGUGUUAUUGCCAUCGACAACUGUAGUUCGCGCUUCUCUAGUGGAUCCAACCAAUCCUACUGAGUCCCAGAUUCGUUUGACCAUCCAGAAACGUGAAGAAGGAGGCAUUAUUAAGGAGGAGGAGGAUUUAAUUGUCGAUCACGUUGUUUGUGCUGUUGGAAAUGAGCCUCGGACGGAGCUAGGUUCUAAAGCGGGUCUGGAAGUGGAUCCGGUGAACGGAGGCUUACUGGUGAAUAGCGAGCUUGAAUCUCGGGACAAUAUUUUUGUUGCUGGAUCCGCGGCAUCUUACUGGGACUCCGAGUUGGACUGUCGUCGGCGUGUCGAUCACAUUAGCGUCUCAGAGGAUACUGGAGAGCUAGCUGGUCUUAAUAUGGCUCGGAGUGUUUCAUCCCCGUCUCACGAAGUUAAGGAUAAGUUGGCAGAAGCGUGUGUAUCCCCUGAAAAAACCUAUGAUCCUUUACCAGCAGCUCGAAAGCAUCAAACUGCCCUCUGGUUUAACAUUGGCAAAGGUGCUCACUACGACUGCGUUGGAUUGGUCGAUUCGAAACGUCUUGCUACUCGAACUGUCUUUCUGGAAGGCGAGGAGUCCUCUGCUGUGGUAUUUUACCUUCGUCCAGAGGACAAUCGCCUGAUGGGAGUUUUGCUUUGGAAUAUAACUGAUGAGUUGUUUAAAGAUCCUGAAUACGUGGCUCCCAGCAGAAUUAAUUUGGCACGAAGUUUGGUGGCGCAGAGAUUAAUCUUGCGUGAAGAUGAUGAUGUGCUCGAAUGUGCCAGACAAUUUGACUUAGGCGGUGAGAUUGCAGAGCACUAUGAAGAGUUGAGGGCUUUUAUUGAGGCAAAAAGAGCUGAAGAAGAGGCCUCGGCUGCGGCAGAGCCAUCAACAUCUGGAAACAAGGAAACGGAGGUGACGAAUGCUGUUUCACAAAUUGCAGUCAAGCCCGAAGACGACACUGUUGCAGUAGUGACAUCUGAUAAUAGUAGUGCUGUGUAG